AUGCAGCAAGCAGGAAGAUAUGUUGACGGUCAGUUCCGUGUUGUUAGGCAUUUGGGAAGCGGUUCAUUCGGUGACGCUUUCCUUGUUGAGCACCACGAGGAUCAACUUCAGUACGUCCUUAAGUGUUCGAAGACACUAAUGGGCAACGACCUUGUUCUUGUGGAGUCCAAAAACAUGAUGCAAACUACGAGCGAUCACGUAGUACGAUGCUAUCGUACAUGGAUAGAGCCAAGAGACAAGAGAUGCUAUAUGUUGCUAGAGUACUGCGACGGUGGCGAUUUAGAAGAUUACCUCAGUCACGCCUUUCCUUUGUCAGAGUCUCAGCUUAUUUCCAUGUUCGCACAGCUUCUUCUGGGACUAGACCAUGUUCACUUGAAGCAUCUUAUACACCGCGACAUCAAGUUGCAGAAUCUGUUGCUUCAGAGCGCCACAGGUAUGGUAAAGAUUGGGGACUUUGGUCUCAGCAAAGCUCUUCGGUUUACGGAUGAGGUAUCAGUCACUCGCUUGGGAACACCGCAAUAUGUUUCACCUGAGGUGUUAAAUGGCCUGGAGUAUACCAGGAAGACGGAUGUCUGGAGCAUGGGGGUUGCUUUUUAUUGUCUUAUGACAAAUGAGCUACCAUUUCCAGCGACAAGCGUGGAGGAGGCCUACCAGAAACUCUCCAAGCAACAGCCGGUGCACCCAUGUCGUCUGAGAGAAGGUUACUCCGAAGAUCUUGGCGAUGUGGUGAUCAGGAUGCUAACUAAAAGUCGCACAAAACGCCCCACCGCAAGAGAGCUACUUGCAAUGCCCGUUUUUUCAUCAGUACUGUGUGCGUGGCCGUGGCGAUCCCCACAUCUCAAGGGUACAGUGUGUCUUUUUGUCUGCCGACCACAGUCUUGUGUUAACGUUCGGUCUCAGCCGUCGUUGAAGGCCGAGCGACUCGGGGAGUUUUCGUAUGGUGACCAGGUUUUUGUUAGCGACGAUCGUUUUAACGGGGAUGGACUGACCUGGUACCGCGUUUUGUACCCGCUGGAAGGCUAUUGCAUCGCGGCUACUGCUCACGGCCGACACCUUUUCCAGAGAGUUGAUGACCCUGCGCGGUGCUCUCCCAUAAUGUCACCGAAAUAA